GUUGCAACUUGAAUAUAAACAGAGCAACUAGAGCGCAAAAAUGCUUCUGUUUUGUUGAUUAAAAAAAGCCGUUUUACUGGUUGUUAAUUCGUAUGUCAUGAUUGCAUCGUUCUAGUUAAGAUUAAGACUGUUCUUGUCGGAAUAAAUACCGAAUCAUUUUCCAGUUCUGGUGUUUUGCUUCGCUGGAAUAUACGUUCAAAAAACUAAAAAAAGUCCUAAAAAACACAAGCACGAGUUUCCACAGCGUGCACGUUUCUAUAGCAACGCAUAACACACGGACGCUAGCAAGUCAUGGUCCGCAAGUCAUGGUCCGCAUCAGUGAGGAUCUGAUCCGCCGCAGAGCAGAACACAAUAAUGGGGAGAUCUUCUCCCUGGAGGAGGUUUCCCUCCAUCAGCAGGACAUCGAGAGGAUCGAGCAUAUCGACAAGUGGUGCAGAGACCUCAAAAUCCUCUACUUACAGAACAAUCUCAUCCCUAAGAUAGAAAAUGUGGGCAGACUAAAGAAGCUGGAGUAUCUAAAUCUGGCACUGAACAACAUAGAAGUCAUCGAGAAUUUAGAAGGCUGUGAGAGCUUACAGAAACUAGACUUGACAGUGAAUUUUGUGGGUAAGCUGAGCAGUGUAGAGUCUCUGAAGCAGAACCUUCAUCUCAGAGAGCUCUACCUGGUGGGAAACCCCUGUACUGAAUUUCAUGGAUACAGACAGUAUGUGCUUGCAUGUCUGCCUCAAAUACAGUGGUUGGAUGGGAAAGAAAUUGGGCGAGGAGAGCGUAUUCAGGCCCUGCAGGAACUGGAUGCAGUGAGGAGACGUGUUUUAGAACAGGAGGUGGAUUAUAUAGAGAAAAGAGAGGAACAGAAAAGGAGUGGUUUGAAGGAGACAACAGAAAAGCAGGAGGAUCCUCAAAUAAAUCAAUUGCUCUCUGAGAACCAGAAUGGGUCCCAUCAGAAUCCAGAAUCAAGCUCCAAGGCUCACACAGAUUCUGAAGAUAAAGAGAAGGAAUUUUGGGAAAAGCCAUGCCCAUUCACUCCAGAAUCCCGACUAGAGGCCCAUCGCCAUCUGGAGGACAAGAGGAGGUCCAAAGAGAAAGAGAGAGAGAAGCCUAAAAACAAAACCCUCAGAACUCUGAUCACUGCAGAUGGACGAGUGAUGAACGUCAACGAGCCCAAGUUUGACUUCAGUCUCACUGAGGAUGAGAACAACUGCAUGCUUUUGGAUUUACAUGUUUACAGGCAUAUGGACACCUCACUGCUGGAUGUGGAUGUUCAGCCAACAUAUGUGAGAGUGACCGUCAAAAGAAAGGUAUUCCAGCUGGUUUUGCCUGCAGAAGUGAAACCCGACAGCAGCACAGCACAGAGAUCCCAAACCACCGGCCACCUGCUCCUCAUCUUGCCUCUGGCACAUGGAGAGAUUAAACUAAAGAAACCCACUGCCAGGCCGGCCAGUGUUACCAGUAACCAGAAUACCAAGAAAGAGACCAGGCCAGUGCCAGGGCGUGAAUUAUUGGAGGUGGAUCCGGGUCUGGCUGGGCGUCUGGCCAACAUUGUUCCCAAAGGAAAGGAGUCUUCCCACAAGCCCCUGCAGCUCUCGCAGCCUCACCAGCGCUGUGGCAUUGAGGAGAGGCCUGUGUCAAAGGACUUUGUGGACCAUCCAGAAGUGCCUCCACUUAUGUGAGCAAGACAGAGAGCGAGAGUAAGAGAGAAAAUAUGCUAUGAUAUGACACAGCAAGAGAGAAUAAGUAUUAUCACACUCUCUACUGAGCUUGUGGAAGUGUGUGUGAUGAAAUAAUGUGAGAUAUAUUUAGUUCUCUUCAUUAGGGCCCGAGCACCGGGGUACGAGGACCCUCUUGGAAUUGCUCAGUUUCUUAUUAUUAGACUAAUAGUUAAGCAGAUGAGUAAAUAUCAGUCUCAUUAAAUCUUGCUGAAUAUUUCACUGCUACACAUCUUUCACUUUCAGUGUGUUCUCUUUCUCUAUCGCACACACAAAUAUUCAUCAAAAGCAACUUACAGUCAAGUCUGUCUGAUAUAAGGAGGCAUGCUCCCAUUAUAAUCAAUGAAGCUGUCCUCAGUGGAAUUAUUUUUUUUUUCAGGUAAUUGACACUCUUUCUAUUUUUGAUGUGCUGCACAAAUUAUUUUUCCUUGAAGCUAUUUUAUUUAUGAAUAUCAUAAGUGUAAGAUUUAUUGUUAUGAUUUUUAGUCUACUUUUGAUAGUUCCACAAAAGCCAGCUUGUGAUGUUUCUGGCCUCUUCCCUAUUAUUUUAAAUCAUCAUUUGUUUCUACUACAAGUAGUCAUUAAAAUAAAAUUGUGUAAAAUUACUUUGUUCUUUCUGAAACAGGCCAUACAUAGUCAUCUCAUAUUUCUAUAUUCAUAUUUCUAUAUUCUGUAGUGCUUUAUGCAAUACUGAAUGUUCCAAAGCAGCUUCACACUGAUAUUAAGAAUCAAUGGUUAUUCAAAUAUGAGAUAAAUUCAAAUUAUGCUGUAAAGUAAAUCUUAAAAAAGUUGUAUACAGUUUUAUUUUAUUCCAUUUGAGUCCAAUAGCUGUGUAAAGUUAAUUAAUUGUGAAACAAGUUCAAUUCAGCUAUAAGCAGCUCUAUGGAAGGCAACACUAUCAGUUGAUUGUUAAUAUAGUUUAGUUCAAUAAUAAUUGUCAAUGUUGAUAAAAUCAUUAAUUAUGACGAACUUGGAUCAGCUAUAAUGCAGCUCAACAUUAGACCACAGUGUGAUCAUGCAGCUCAUUUCAGUUUACAGUGAAUUUCUGCUGGAAAAUAAACUGUCAAGGCUGAUUCUGUUUAAUUAAUAAACAUUCUGAGGUGACCAAGAGCUUCAGUGCCACUGUGAACAAGUGUUGUCACCUGAUGGAGGAUGGCAUAACUACAUCAUUUUGAGAUAAAAAGAAAAAAGUGGUCCUGCACCCGACAAGCAACUACCAUUAAGAAUUUUUCUUCAAUUUUUUCUUCUUAUAUUUAUCAAAUAAUUCAGAAACUUCCUGAAAUUAGCAUAUUUGAAUUAUUUCUUAAGGAUCAUGUGACACUGAAGACUGGAGUAAUGGCUGCUGAAAAUCAGGCUUUGCCAUAAAAAUAAAAAAAUAAAUAGAAAAGUUAUUUUAUAUUGUAAUAAUAUUCUAAAAAUACUGUUGUUUUUUCUUUCUUUUCUAUCAAAUACAUCUCACCUUGGAGACCUCUUUCAAAAACUAAAAUUUAAAAAUUAAGCUAAGAUUCUGGUCACUUGCACAUGGCUAGUGAUUAUUAUCCUGUUACCUGUGUUUAUGUUUAAGUUGUGUAAUAGUCAUGAUUUCUAAUCAUAGGCUUAAAGUCAUAUGUAUUGUUCUGCUGCUUUCCCUGUCUUCCUCUUUUCUUCUUUUUUUUCUUUUUUGUGUUGGAGGAAUGUGUGGAUAUGUGUUGGAGAUGCCUGUGAAGGUAAAUGCUGUUUUGUGUGUGUGUGUGUGUUCGUGCAGAAGAGGUCAGAUGUGUACAUAGCUGCCAACAGAUGAGCUCAUUUCUCUGCAGUAUCUCUAUUUUCAGGAAAGCAAGAAGAUAUACUCACCCUAUAGUUCACAUUCCUUAUACAGCUCACACAAACAAAGGUCAACCACAUCACAGUACAAGCACAUUCAUUACAGCUCACACUCAGGGUCAGCAGGUACACCACUUUCCUCAGUGUUUGAGUGUUACUCUUCUGUACUGUGUCUUCAUUAAGUGAAUUAUCGGUGUGUGCAGCUUGGCUGUGCAGGUUUCAUUUUCAUUUUUAUUAAAAAUGAUUGUCAGCAGAUGAGUAAUUUACAUUGCUGCUGACAUUUAAACACCCCUGUGCUUUGCUGGACUAAAUCUUAUGAAAGCCAUUUUAGAGACACUGCAAAGAAU